AUGGCUACCCCACGCAAAUUUUUCAAAGCAAAUCGAGGCAUCAAUACGCGGAACGUCAAUACGCGGACCGAGGGUCUCAUGAGAAAGGCCACCUUUCUACAAAAAUUCGGGGCCCGUGUCGUCGUUUACAUCGAGCUGGACGGCGAGAGCGCCAUGUUCAAAUCCCACAAGGACAUCAACGUCCCAAGCUACGAUGCUUGCAUAUACGGCCCAGACCAUUUCGAGUACGCCGCCGGGGCCGGGGCGAACACUAUCACGACGGCUUCGCGUCAAAUCACAAAUACGACGUUUCCCAGCACACCUUUGCAGACAGCCAGCAAUCCGAGCCGAGCCAUCGAACACAUGCGGCAAAAUUCGAUCAUCACGCACAAGCCGUUCUCUCAAAAGGCUACCAAACCGCUAAGCUUUUUUGAUUAG